CAAAGUGUAGAGUCCGCGAGAGCCCGUAGGAAGCGAAAAGAGAGAAACCGGAGAAAGGAGAGAAUGGGGCGGCUGAAUUCACCACAACAGGAGGAAUAAUAACGCAACUAUAAAGAUACAACACAUAGAAGACGGAGAAACGCGAAGGAAAAAAAAAACUUUUUACGGAGGGGAGAAAACUGUUCCGGACUCAUCCGACGGCCACGUUUUAAAACAUGGAUACACUUUUCUCUGCACUCCCGGGACUCCUGUUUCUCCUCUCGACUGUUGGGAAAGUCUCCGGUCAGAUACCGACAGCUCACAUGGGGCGCGCUGAGAAGGGGAGCUGCACGUUCGAUGAGGGCUUCUCUCAGUGUGACUACCAGCAAGAUCCCUAUGAUGACUUUGACUGGACGCAUAUCAACACCCAGGAAGUGCCAUACGUCUCUCCAGAGCUGCCACAAGGUUCCUACAUGUUUGUGGACGUCUCUCAGUACGAUGUCGGGGAGAAGGCCAGGUUUCAGCUACCUGUCAUGAAGGAGAACGACACUCACUGUAUCGACUUCAACUAUCUGCUCACCAGCCCGGAUGGCUCCAGCCCCGGCACCCUUAACGUCUUGGUGAAGGUAAUCGGAGUAAACACAGUAAACAAGGGUCCCUUAGCCAACCCUAUCUGGAAUGUGACGUCCUACACAGGUAAAGACUGGCUGAGAGCAGAACUUGCCGUCUCCACCUUUUGGCCUAAUGAAUAUCAGGUCAUAUUUGAAGCAGAGGUUUCGGACAGCAAAGCCGGCUUCAUCGCCAUCGACGACAUUCAGGUGCUCAGCUACCCAUGCGAUAAAUCCCCUCAUUUCCUGCGCCUUGGAGACGUGGAGGUCAACGCCGGACAAAACGCAACAUUUCAGUGCAUCGCUACAGGACGAGACACGACGAACAAUAAACUCUGGCUGCAGAGGAGAAAUGGAGAAGACAUCCCUGUGGCUCUGACCAAAAACAUCAAUCACAGACGGUUUGCCGCUUCCUUCCAUCUCAAAGAAGUGACCAAUCAGGAUCAAGAUCUGUACCGCUGUGUCACCCAAUCAGAGCGAGGCUCUGGGGUGUCCAAUUUUGCUGGUCUUAUCGUGAGAGAGCCCCCUCACCCCAUCGCCCCGCCCCAGCUGCUCGGCGUCGGCCCCACAUACCUGCUGAUUCAGCUGAAUGCUAACUCCAUAUUUGGAGAUGGACCUAUAAUCCUGAAGGAGGUUGAGUACCGAAUGACAUCAGGCAGCUGGACGGAGACUCACGCUGUAAACUCUCCAAACUAUAAGUUAUGGCAUCUUGACCCGGACACAGAGUACGAGAUCAGAGUACUGCUGACCAGACCAGGAGAGGGAGGAACGGGGAAACCUGGACCGCCACUCAUAACAAGGACCAAAUGUGCAGAACCUAUGCGGACUCCUAAGAGGCUGAAGAUCGCAGAGACCAGGUCUCGUCUGAUCGCCGUGGACUGGGAAUCUCUGGGUUACAACAUCACCCGCUGUCACACCUUUAACGUCACCAUCUGCUACCAUUACAUGACUGCCAGCAACCGCAGCAAAGCAGACUGCUUGGACAUGGACCCUAAAGCUCCUCGUCACCUGGUGGGAAACCUGCCGCCGUACACCAACGUCAGUCUGAAGAUGAUUCUGACCAACCCAGAGGGACGGAAAGAAAGUGACGAGACCGUCAUACAAACUGAUGAAGAUGUUCCAGGCCAUGUUCCCAGUCAGUCACUACGAGCCACUCCGUUUGAAGACAGAAUCCUUCUUUACUGGAAGGAACCAACUGAACCAAACGGGAUCAUCAUCCAAUAUGAGAUCAGCUACAGUGGUCUGCGUUCAUAUGACCCUUCGGUGCCUCUCCAGCGGCCGGGCCUCACAGCGUCUCUACCCUCGAAUGCCACCCAUCAUCUGUUUUCCAUGCUCUACCCGGGCGUCACCUACCAGCUCUCUAUACGUGCAUCCACCUCAAAAGGGUUCGGACCUGCAACAACGCUCAACGUGACCACUAAUAUUUCAGCCCCGACAAUAGAUGAGUAUGAUGGGUCAGAGGCCUUCCUGAAUGAAACUGCAACAACCAUCACUGUCCUCCUAAAACCUGCCCAGGCCAAGGGAGCUCCUAUAAGUGCAUACCAGAUUGUGGUGGAAGAAGUGAAUCCUCAGCGGACACGUCGUCAGGCUUCGUCUGAUUGUUUUGAGGUCCCAGUCUCCUACCACAGUGCAUCUAGUGGUGGAUCUCCAUAUUAUUAUGCCGCCCAGCUGUCCCCCAGCAACCUGCCUGAGCCGCUCCCCUUCACUGUGGGAGACAACAAGACAUAUCAGGGUUUCUGGAAUCCUCCGCUGGCACCAAGAAAGAAUUACAACAUCUACCUACAAGCUGUUAGCAGCACAGAGAGGGAAACUAAGACUCAGUGUCUGAGGCUGGCUACUAAAGGUGCGACAGAGGAGCCAGAGGUCAUCCCUGACCCCGCCAAACAGACUGAUCGGGUGGUGAAAAUAGCCGGGAUCAGCGCUGGAGUCCUCGUCUUUAUACUGCUGGUGCUGGUAGCCAUCCUAUUGGUCAAGAAGAGGAGGACCUACUAUUCAUACUCUUAUUACCUGAAACUGGCUAAAAAACGUAAAGACGCCAUCGGAACGACACGACAGGAAAUGACUCACAUGGUGAACGCCAUGGAUCGCAGCUAUGCUGACCAGAGCGCUCUGCAUGGAGAGGACCCCAUGGCUGUGACAUUCAUGGACUCUCACAACUACAACAACAGAUUACCCAACGAUCCUCUGGUUCCUACUGCUGUGUUAGUUCCAAUUACAGAUGAGAACCACAGUGCCUCUGCGGCAGAGAACAGCCGGCUCCUGGACGUUCCUCGCUAUCACUGUGAAGGAACUGAAUCUCCGUAUCAGACAGGACAGCUGCACCCGGCCAUCAGAGUGGCUGACCUUCUGCAGCACAUCAACCUCAUGAAAACAUCUGACAGCUAUGGCUUUAAGGAGGAGUACGAAAGCUUCUUCGAGGGCCAGUCGGCCUCCUGGGACGUUGCCAAGAAGGAUCAGAACCGCACCAAGAACCGCUAUGGGAACAUUAUAGCAUAUGACCAUUCAAGGGUUAUUCUUCAGCCCAUAGAAGAUGACCCCUCCUCCGACUACAUCAACGCCAACUACAUCGAUGUAAGUGGAAACGCAUCGAAUGCUACUAUUGGCUCCCAACGAAACCAACGAAACCACACUCCCUCGCUCAUUUGGCUGUACAGGGAUGGCUACCAGAGACCGAGCCACUACAUUGCUACUCAGGGCCCUGUUCAUGAGACGGUGUAUGACUUCUGGCGGAUGGUGUGGCAGGAACAGUCGGCCUGCAUUGUCAUGGUUACCAAUCUGGUGGAGGUUGGAAGGGUUAAAUGCUAUAAGUAUUGGCCCGAUGAUGCAGAGGUGUACGGCGACUUCAAGGUGACCUUUGUGGAGGUUGAACCUCUUGCUGAAUACGUGGUUCGCACGUUUACCCUGGAGAGGCGUGGUUUCAACGAGGUGCGUGAGGUCAAGCAGUUCCACUUCACAGGCUGGCCGGAUCACGGCGUUCCAUAUCACGCCACGGGACUACUUUCUUUCAUCCGCAGAGUUAAAAUCUCCAAUCCACCCUCUGCUGGGCCAAUAGUGGUUCACUGCAGUGCUGGAGCGGGGCGUACGGGCUGUUUCAUCGUUAUCGACAUCAUGUUGGACAUGGCGGAGAGAGAAGGAGUAGUGGACAUCUACAACUGUGUGAAGGCACUUCGCUCCAGGAGGAUCAACAUGGUACAGACUGAGGAGCAGUAUAUAUUCAUCCACGAUGCCAUACUGGAGGCUUGUCUAUGCGGAGAAACAGCCAUACCAGUCUGCGAGUUCAAAGCUGCUUUUUACGAGCUGAUCCGCAUCGACUCGCAGACCAACUCGUCUCAUCUGAAGGACGAGUUCCAGACGUUAAACUCGGUGACUCCUCAGCCUCAGCCUGAAGACUGCAGCAUUGCAUUGUUGCCUAGAAACCAAGACAAGAAUCGCUUUGUGGACGGCCUUCCUCCUGAUAGGUGCCUACCCUUCCUCAUCACAAUAGACGGAGAGAGCAGCAACUACAUCAACGCUGCUCUGAUGGAUCUGUCAGAAGAGUUCCAGAGCUACAGACAGCCUGCUGCGUUCAUCGUUACCCAGCAUCCUUUGCCUAACACGGUCAAAGACUUCUGGCGUCUGGUUUACGACUAUGGAUGUACCAGUCUAGUGAUGCUCAAUGAAAUUGACCUGGCUCAGGGUUGUCCUCAGUACUGGCCAGAAGAAGGGAUGCUGCGUUACGGUCCGGUCCAGGUGGAAUGUAUGUCCUGCUCCAUGGACUGUGAUGUGAUCAGUCGACUCUUCAGAGUCUGCAACCUCACCAGGCCUCAGGAAGGUUACCUGAUGGUUCGUCAGUUCCAGUACCUUGGGUGGGCGGGACACAGAGAAGUCCCCGCCUCCAAACGCUCCUUCCUCAAACUGAUCCUGCAGGUGGACCAGUGGCAGCGUGAGGGAGAGGAGGGCGAGGGGAGAACCAUCGUUCACUGCCUAAACGGAGGUGGGCGUAGCGGAGUUUUCUGUGCCAGCAGCAUUGUGUGCGAGAUGGCAAAGAGACAGAGUGUGGUUGACGUCUUCCAUGCUGUGAAGACAUUGAGGAACAGCAAGCCCAACAUGGUGGACACUCCGGAGCAGUAUCGGUUCUGCUACGAUCUGUCACUGGAGUUCAUCGAGUCCUCCUAAACAAAGGAGCGAAGAGGAGGUGAAGAGGAGCGAGAACAUCUUUUCACUCUCCGUUUGUUUGAUCCUUGGCUUUGCUUGGUCCCGACUCCCCUCUGUGGUGGCCGUUCUGUGGCCCCCAUGUUGCGUCCCUACGAAUGGCCCGAGCGGCUCCUUGUACAGCGCUGUUUAAUAUCCAAACAAAGGGAAACGUUCAGACUUCUAGCAGAGGGAGCUGCUGGAAGAACACCAGAGGGGAGGUGGUGUUACUCCUUUUACUCCUUAACGCUUCUUGUACAGCUUUUUGAGUGCCAUCGGGGCCCUCUGUAUGUUUCAGGCCCCCCACCCCCCCAUUUAAAUGUUAAGCCCCUCUUCCACGGACUCGAUGCCUCAUGCUGUUACAGCUGCAGUACUCAAUGUGCCCUGUAGAUGUCUCCCUCCCCCAGUGCAAGCUGCAAACACAGCUGAAAGCUUUCAGUGGCCACACAUUCCUGCUCACAUGCUAAUUUAUCAUCAUGCUAAUGUUACAAAUUCUGAUUAUCAGUCUGUACUUGUGUCUGAGAAAGUCAAAGGUACAGCCUGUCAGACUCUGUCCAUUCUGUUUUCCUCUUGUUACACCAGCCGCUUCUCAAUGUUACUUUUCAGCUCAUUUCAGUCAGAACAAAAUCAUGUAUUUCAGCAAUUAUUAACAUCAACUUUGAACCAAUGGAGACGAAUGUCAGUUAAAAGAAUCAAAAGUGAUAAAAUAAACUCAAAGUAGUGUUAAAGCAUCAAGGCUGCCAAUGAAACAACAACAGAACGUUUACACAGCGAGUAUUACUCUUUUUUUUAAUCGUAUCAUGAAGUGGCAACUUGAAAAAAAAAGUGUAGGAUUUUCACCUAAAUGUAUAAAAAGUGUGAUAUGUAUCAUUGUUUCAUGUUUUCUGCACUCAAAGUGAGCUGCAAUGUUUCUUUUUUUUCUGAUUGUGUUUUUUUGUGUUGCUUCAGUUUUUGAUCUACUGGAUAGAAGUUUUGAAGUCUUCUUUGUAGCUCAAACGUGAACUCUAAUGUUCAGCCAUGUGAAAUGUAGUGUAAUCAUGUUUGUGUUCAGGGCUGGGCCCAAUGCACUUUCAGUUCAGCCAAUUCACGAAUGGGGAGAUUUCAGUUCAAAACUCAAAUAUGAACAGAUGUCUGGGGGGGGGGUUGGAGGGGAAUUGAUGCCUUUAAGAAAAGACUGAGAAUUAAAAAAAUACUCUUUGAAUUACAGUUUCCAUUUCUGCUUUGAAUAGAGUUAGAAGUGAACUGACCCCAGGCCUCAUUGUUUUUGUGCACUCGUGGCCAACACUCUCCCCUUUGUUUUCUUCUCUUUCUAUUAUUUCGUAGCCGAUGUGUAUUCAUAAGCCAAAGACUUUGUGUAAAUAUGUCUAUACGGAUAAAGCACAUUGUUUGUAUUUAUUGUUUGUUUACUUGCAUUGCUUGUAAGAACAAUCAUUCUUCACUCUAUGUUUACUCUACCACCAGCGUUUCUUAAACUGUGGGUCGGGGAUGCAAAAUGGGCCGCAGUACUGUUUCCUCUGAGGAGUAUUGGAAUGAGCCCAUAAUGGGUCCUGAGGUCAGAGGCUGCAUCUGCUCUUUUUGUGUCCAUGAAGAAGAGUUUAAGAAGCCCUGAUAGAAGCUGUAUAUUGAAGCGUAAGAAGUAGAUUUUUCAGUAUUUAGGUGCAGUAGUGUUGUCUUGUUUUCACUUAAUGAAACUCUCUGUGAUGUUGCCGUGGUUUCUUUGUGUAACAGCCCCAUCGCUCUGUUUGUGGUCAGUUGAACAUCGGUGCGUUUACAUCCACAGAGUAUUUUGGAUAAUGGCUCCUAUCCCUUUUAAAGUCUUAGUCUGGGGAUAAGCUUAUUAUCUUCAUCCUCAUAUCCUGCUCACCAUUAUCCCUGAACACACACAUGGACUCAGUGAUGCAAACAGGCUUAGUGAGUGACAUGCAGGACUGUGAGACAAAAAAAAAAAAAAAAAAAGAGAACAUUUUUGUGCCUAAUCAUUUGAAUAUCCUCAUCCUCAAGCAUUUUAACAGCAUUUUGAGAUUGCAAACCAGGGCUUUGUUGAACGCGUUCUCAUGGACGAUCAAUGUUUUUAAAACCAUGAUUCAGUGUGUUUUAUUCAACCGAGCGCUUCAUGAAAAUUCUUUGUGAGGCAUCACCGGAUACCAGAUGUGUUUCUGUUGUGAACAAACUGAUUCAGAUAAUAAAAAAAAAUAAUAUUGUAAAUAAAAUGUCAGAGGUUUCACACUGUUGGAACAAGAGUAGCGCAGGUCCACUGUUACGGAUGUUAUUGUAAAUAGACUAUCAGGAGUGCUCUAUAAGGCUCUAUUGUUGGAUGAACAGUAGACGUGUAGAUGAUGGAUGCGAUGUCAGAACAUUAGUUCUGUUGUAGAUACAAAAAUAAAAGUCAGAGAUUGUACUACAGGAGGAUUCAACUUCACAUUUUGACAGAUAUUGUUUAAAAAGUUUAUUCUGUUGGUGGAUCAGCAGUUUUCAGUUUUUCCUUCAGAUUUCUCGUCUGAUGCAAAGAAGGGAGGAAAAAAUUCAGAUACGAUAAAAUGUUUACGGCCUUCUCUGAAGCAUGCACAGAGAGUAGAGCAAUGAUAGAAAUUCAAAUAAAAAAAUCUCAGCCCUCUUAACUACACGCUUAGGAGGAACGUAAGGAGCGCAUCCUGUCAAGAUGCCCAUUAUUCCUCCUUAAAUAAAUCUGAAUUCAUGUCCCUGAGGAGAAGUGAAUGAAGCAAGUGUCCUGACGAGAGGCCGGUCUGAGUAUAGAAUUGAUAUUCAUGGUUCAUAAUUAUUCUUGUCUGUAAUGUUUGGCUUCUUUGCUGUAAUAAAGACCACUUCUUUGAUUAAA